CGAGCGCGAUCGAAUCGAAUUCGGCGCGAAAGGCGUGCGCAUGCGUCGCCUGCUCGCCCGCCCGGCCGCCUGUCGGCGCCUCGGUCGAGCGCCUCCUGGUGUUGACGGUGGACGGCGCGCUCGCUGUUCGUUGUCGUCGGUCGGCCUGUCUUGGGCGCGCGGCGCGACACUCAGCGCGGUAGGAUGGUGCUGGUCUGAGCGAUCGUUGGAGCAACGAGCGAGCGGUGAACGGCUAAGAAAGAGAGAGAGCGAAACGGACGCACGCGAGUGGCUCUUUCGCACGAGAGAAAGAGAGAGAAGUGCUUUCUCGUCGCUUGUCCUCAUGACGGCGCGAGUUUAGUCUGCCCGAGUCUCGAGAGACGGCGAGUCCUGCGCGCGCGCGUGCUCGCGCGUGUCGCGGUUACAAGGAUACUCGAUUCGCGAAUAUCGCGCCACGCCACGCUCCUCCUCCUCGACGACGAGGUGAGAUGUCCUUGGUGCGCACGCGACCACACUCGUGAGAGCUCCUCGUGACCGGCUCCGUGACCGCGUUCCCAUGCUCCCGGAGGACACGCCGAGCGAUCCUUAACACUUUGCGGUCCGCUGUCACGUUGACGUGACUUUUGCUCGCCAACGGUUAUCGGCCGCUGUCACGCUGGCGUGACUUUUGCUCGCCAUCGACUUUCGGCCGCUAUCACGCUGGCGUGAUGGUUUGACGAUCAGGAAACAUAGUUUUCAACUGUUUUCCUCUCCCAAUUCAACAGACUGUCUAUUAUUAAAAUCUUUUUUCGCGGACGCUUGUUUUGUCAGUUUGAGAUUGUCUUUCGCUACCUUCAGAUAUAGGAAACUUACGUUAGAUAUCCCUCAAAAUGCUCUUCGAUGAGGAAAUAUAUGCUGAUCUGUUAUCAGAAGAAGAUAAUUGCUCUGAUAGUGAAAGUGAUUCGGACAGUGAGAGCGAUAUAAUUGUGAGACGAUUAAAAAAUAAGGGAAGACCAAUAAUUAGUGAAUCUGAGAGUGAUGAAGAGAAUUCUGUGGCAGAUGAUUGGUCAGAAGUUGAUUUUAAACCUAACUUUCAUGCUUGCCUGGAACGGUUUGGGUUACAGGUACCAUGCACACCAGAUAUAUUAUCAAUUGUGGAAUUGUUCAUUGGGGACGAUUUAUUUAAUUUGUUUGCCACACAAACAAAUUUAUAUCAUAAUCAGCAGAAUAAUGAUAACAACCAUGCAUCAACAAAGAAUAAAGCUUGGGUGGAUACAAAUGUUCUAGAAAUGAAAAAACUUUUGGGGCUUGUUAUCCUAAUGGGAAUAGUAAAAAAACCAGAACAAGACGAUUAUUGGUCUACUCACCCUGGAUUACACACACCUAUUUUUGGGAAUACUAUGCCAAGGAACCGAUUUCGGCAGUUAUGGAAGUAUUGGCACUUCAGUAAUAAUGAGCAUUGCCAAGAAAGGUUUGAUAAAAUAAAACCAGUCUACUCGUACCUGGUAGAAAAGUUUCAAAAAAUUUAUAAACCCGAGAAAGAAUUAUCGCUGGAUGAAGGUAUCAUUCCAUGGAGGGGAAGGCUAUCUUUUCGUACAUAUAAUCCUGCGAAAAUUAUAAAAUAUGGAAUUUUAGUCCGUAUAGUGUGUGAGGCGACAUCUGGUUAUAUAUGCAAUUUAGAAAUAUAUUGCGCGCAAGGAAAAUCGCUAAUUGCGACAAUAUUGUCCGUGCUAUCGCCAUAUUUAAAUUUAUGGCACGACGUAUACAUGGAUAACUAUUACAAUAGUGUAAAGGUUGCAGAGGAGUUACUAAAGCAUAAAACAAACAUCUGUGGCACAAUAAGAGUAAACAGAGGAGUACCAUAUUGUUUAAAAUCUGCUACAUUGAAAAAUAAGUCAAUGGAAUUUCGUAGAAAAGGGAAAAUUUUGGUACAAAAAUGGAAUUCGGGCAAAAAAUUGAUAACGAUGAUUUCUACGAUACAUUCAGCAGACAUGGUCGAAUGUGCGAAUAAAAGAACCAAAAAGAAGUACAUUAAACCAAUUUGCAUACGAGAGUAUAACAAAUUUUUGAAAGGUGUUGAUCACGCCGAUCAAUACCUAUCGUGUUAUUCCAUACUUCGCAAAACAAAAAAAUGGACAAAAAAAACGGUUUUAUAUCUCAUAAACUGUGCAUUACACAACGCAUUCCAGAUAUACAUCAAAAAUUCUGAAAAUCCCAUUAGAUUCAAACAA